UUUACAUGCAAUUUGAAAUGUGUAAGAGCAGUCGAUCACCUGAAGGCUGACUCGACACUCGGUACACGUGGUCUGAUGGUCACGGAAAGAAGUUGAAGUUCAUCGUGGUUGUUGGCAUGUAUAUAAUAAUGCUGAUAGAAGCAUUUUCAACUCUGCCUGGUACAUCUUGCCUAUCAAAGUGCAGAGGUAGUGCUUAAUGGCAUAGCAGCUCCGAAGUUUGUGGAAACAUUUGAAAGUUACAAAUACUGGCAGCAACUCUGACCAGAAAAUUGAAGAGACUUGACUUCACGACAGUUUCAGCAUUCAUCGCUAUUGAGACUGACACUCCUCAAAGGAUUGACGAAGGAUCAAACCUGGAAGAGUUGUUGCAGUCUGUCUCCUGUGGCAGGCGUACUGAGGAACUUCCAUAUCAUGCAUCCAGCUAGUUUGAUGAGAAUAAGAAAUGUUUACACUCUCUCACAGGCUGUCUUGAGGUCAAGAUGCCAUUAUCCAAGAUGCUUGAAGCAAGAGAGGACAGGAUUAGAUACAACAGGUUUACUCCAAGGAAGACAUCUUGGAUCUGUGAGCAGAGAUGGAGACAGAAAUGAGAUGGGAGAUUCUACAUCAGCGAGAUCAGGGAUGACAGAAAACAGUAAAAACAGAGAUCAAGUAGCCAAGUCUAUGGCAGCUCAACGAAUUCAAAGCAUGCACAAACUUCUUGAUGAAGCACAGGUAGAGGAGCCAAGAAAGGACUUUGAUUUCUCAGACAUCCCUCAACGACGAGAGGCAAGACUUCAGUCACAGAAGGCAGAAAGACCAAAGCUUAAUCCGCGAGAGAUGACGGCAUUUCUCUUUCCUGGACAAGGGACACAGUUUCCAGGCAUGGGUCAUCAGCUUCUACAAUAUCCAAAUGUCAAGCAGAUGUUCAGUAUUGCAUCUGAGAUUCUUGGCUAUGACCUGCUAGAUCUCUGUCUGAAUGGAUCAAAAGAAGAACUAAAUCGUACUGUUCACAGUCAGCCAGCGGUUGUAGUGUGCUCGUUAGCUGCAGUUGAGAAACUCAAAGAGGACCAACCCAAGGCUGUAGCCAAUUGUGUGGCUGCGUCAGGAUUCAGCGUUGGAGAGUUCUCUGCUUUAGUGUUCUCUGGUGCCCUGUCUUUCGAGGAUGCCAUACAUUUAAUCAAAAUCCGUGCCGAAGCCAUGCAACAUGCCUCUGAGCUGGUUUCUAGUGGUAUGCUGUCUGUGAUUGGUCGACGUGGUGUACACUUCAAGAUGAUAUGUCGUGAGGCCAUGGAUGCUUGUAUUCUAGAUGGGAUCAAGGUACCAGUCUGUACCAUUGCAUCUCAUCUUUUCCCAGAGGCCAAAGUCAUCGCAGGACACACUAAAGCUUUGGAUUUCAUCCAAGAGAUGUCUCGUCACUACUCUUUACGGGCAGCCAAGCGAGUACCAGUGAGUGGUGCUUUCCACUCGCCUCUCAUGGCUCCAGCUAAGGAUGCCUUCUAUUCAGCAGUCGAUCGUGUUCCCUUUGACACUCCUGUCAUUAGUGUUCACUCCAACGUCAAUGGCAAGCGUUACCGACAUGCUAAGCACAUACGAACACUUCUGAAACGUCAGCUGCUAGAACCCAUCCACUGGGAGCAGACUAUGCAUGAGAUGUAUCAACGUAACAAGGGGCAGGGAUUCCCCAAGACAUAUGAGGUGGGACCUGGCAGACAACUUGGCGGCUUCUUAGAAAGGAACAAUCUCAAAGCAUUCCACUCCUACACCAACAUUGAUGUUUGAUAUGCACAUGUAGAAUCACAUUGUACAUGUAUUUAUAAAUGUCCAGUUGAUGUAAAUACCUUUGUAAAUGGGAACCAUUUUAUUUUGUGUUGUGGCUGAUGAUUGUCAAGUAUUUUAAGGCUGUUAAUGCAAGGCUGGAUACCGUUUUAGUUUUGAUCUGUCAGUUCAAAAUCUUUGCCAAGUCACUUUUUUUUAAGGUCAUUCAAACCUAAGGGGAGUCUGAAUAUGCGAUACUUGUCCUCACUUUGUGAUCAGUUUUCCAGUCCCCCCAGGCUGUCACUGGAGUAGGCUUUCAGUCUCCCCUUCAUGCUGUGGGUUUCCCCCUGGAAUAUUAUUUCACAAUUUUCCUCCCACCUCUAAAACUGACAACUUCUCCUUCAUCUCCUCUCUCUAGGUUUCCCCAGGCCUUUUGGCUACAGUGCCUAUGCCCCUUGAGGGAGCCCUGGUUUCAUUACUAGAAGGUGUUAUAAUGAGUAAUUCUUGUCUGUGUUUCUCUGUCUGUGAUUAUCGCAUGUUUCCUUUGGUCUGGGAGGCAGUAAUAGACCACCACUAUUGACAUUGUGUGCCUAGAACCAACUUGACGAAGCUACAGAUUUGCCACACUGUUUGUGCGUUUGUUCUCCAUGCCAAUGUGCUUGCCUUGACCAGCGCCAUUUUGUGGGGACAUUUUUUUGUCAGGAAAUUUUGCACUGAAUUGUAGGGACAAACACCCCCAACGAUAACUAUCAUUCAAGUUAUCCCCACAAGUGCUAUUCAAGUACAUGUGAACGAACAUGUCCAGGCUGCUUCCUCAUUGAAGGGACCAUUUGUUUUGUUUGGAAAAUCUAGACCAAGUAGUGGAGACAAACAAUUGUCCGUAUGGCAUUUUUGAUCAUAGCAACAUCUAUGUUUCAAUGUGUACAGUUCCUACAGGCACAGAACGUGUGUGUGUGUGCUGGGCAAACCUAACUGAGAUUGGUUCUUGGUGUUCGCUCAGAGCGGGAACAAAAGAGGGCGUGUUUUAAAUGAAAAUACUGAACCUUUGGUACAAAGUCACAGUCUAGGCAUGGAAGUUUGUGCACAUUUGAUGCAGAGCGUGCUGAGUAUAUGCAACAAAUUUAUGCUGGAAUGUAUGGUCUUUGUGUGUGCGCUGAACAUGUGCAGGACUUCUCACCAUCUCACCAGCCUGUCUUUCUUUUGCCAGUGAGGGUGCACUUUAACUCAGGGUGGAUUAAUAAAAACGUCUCUUCUUUGCAUAUGUACAAGAGUCUCAUACACAACAGCAUGCCAGAAUUUCCCUCUCAUAUUGCUUGAUUGACUGCUUUGAACUGCAAGUCAUACAGCUAUAUUGUUUGCAAAGUAAUAAAGUGUUUCUUUUUCACGGGGUUGCAGCUGCAGGGUUGGUUCUAAUCAUGUCAUGCCCAUACUCUUACCAAUGUUAUGUGUGUGCGUUAAUUCCUCAGUAUACAUAAAUUGUUUACUAUUGACUACAGGGAUCGCUACUUGAGAAGCUUUGCUCUUAAGUGAUCCUCAACCACAUAUUUUUUGUUUACAUUACCCUCCGAGUGUAUUCUAUUUUUUUAUGUGGAAAUAAAGUUAAAAUUGAAGUUGAAGUAUAUUAAA